UUCUCAGCCACCUCUUCUUCUGCCAUACUGGCAGUUACCAGGUUUUCCACUUUGAAGUUUUUGGGCAUUGACCUAAAAUGUUUGUAACAUCUUGGAUCUGGGGAACAGUGACAAUACUCUGUUGUGUUUAUUGGUUUCUUAUAGGAAGGAGGAGGAGGCGAAGAGGUGAGCCACCACUUGAAAAUGGGUUCCUCCCAUACCUGGGCUGUGCCUUGCAGUUUGGUGCCAACCCCCUUGAAUUCCUUAGAGAAAAGCAGAAGAAGCAUGGCCACAUUUUUACUUGCCGAGUAGCUGGAAAAUACAUUCAUUUCCUCACUGAUCCUUUUUCAUACCAUUCAUUGAUACGCCAGGGAAAACACUUGGACUGGAAGAAGUUCCAUUUUGCUACCUCUGCCAAGGCUUUUGGGCACGGUAGUAUUGAUCCAACGGAGGGAAACACCACCGAAAAUUUUCAUCACACUUUCAUUAGAACCCUUCAAGGUAAUGCUCUAGAUCCCCUCAUUGAAGCAAUGAUGGAAAACCUACAAUAUGUCAUGCUGCAAUCAAGAACAUCUAAACUCCAGCCCAGUACCUGGGUGACAGAAGGACUUUAUGCAUUCUGUUGCCGGGUGAUGUUUGAGUCUGGCUUUUUAACACUUUUUGGCACAGAAUUUAAUUCAAGUCAUGAUAAAAAUCUAUCAAAGCAGGAAACUGAGAGAGCUCAUAUCCUAAACGCCCUUGAAAACUUCAAGGAAUUCGAUAAGAUCUUUCCAGCCCUUGUGGCAGGCCUGCCGAUACAUUUGUUCAAGAGUGCCCACAGUGCACGUGAGAAGCUCGGAGAGGCGCUGCUCCACAAGAACCUGCUGAAGAGGAACAAGCUCUCCGAGCUUGUCACCCUCCGCAUGUUCCUGAAUGACACUCUGUCAACCUUUGAUGACAAGGAAAAAGCAAAAACCCAUGUGGCAGUGCUGUGGGCCUCACAAGCCAACACCAUUCCUGCCACUUUUUGGAGCUUGUUCUAUCUUAUUAAGAGUCCAGAAGCAAUGAGAGCUGCUACUGAAGAAGUGCAAACUAUUUUGGAAAGUGCUGGAGAAAAGAUUGGCUUAGGCAGCAAAAAUAUUUCCUUGAACCGAAAACAGUUGGAUAAUAUGCCCAUACUAGAUAGCAUCAUCAAGGAAGCAAUGAGGUUAUCGAGUGCCUCCAUGACUUUCCGAGUUGCAAAGGAGGAUUUCACAUUGCACUUAGAGAAGGAGUUCUACAACAUUCGCAGAGAUGAUAUCAUAGCUCUUUAUCCUCAGCUGUUGCACUUUGAUCCAGAAAUCUAUGCUGAUCCCUUGACAUUCAAGUAUGAUCGCUAUCUUGAUGAGAACAGAGAAGAAAAGACUGACUUCUACCGCAAUGGUCGCAAGUUAAAAUAUUAUUAUAUGCCAUUUGGGACAGGAAUUGCAAAGUGUCCCGGCAGGCUAUUUGCUGUCCAUGAAAUUAAACAAUUUUUGACUUUGAUACUUUCAUAUUUUGAGAUAGAGCUUGUAGACAGUAAUGUGCAAUGUCCAUCUUUAGACCAAUCCCGUGCAGGACUUGGUAUUUUACAACCAACCAAUGAUGUUGAUUUCAGGUACAGAUUGAAAUUUCUAUGAAAAUAUAUAUCAUACUUUUAAACUAUAUACUACAUACACACCCUAUAAAACAUAAACUUUAUAUAUAUUAUAUAUAUAUAAAUAAAAAUAUGGUAAGACUGGGUGAAAAUCUAUAGGAAGAUAAUAAUUUAUCAGUCUAACAGAAAAUGCAUAAAUUAUACCAUUAUGGUACUGGAAUGCAGUGGGGAUAAUGCACAGUGCCUGUACAUGUUUCCCCUUUUACCAAAUGCAGGUUGAGAUCUUGAAUUUGUACAUCUACAGUAGCUCUUCUCUUCUUCCAGCAAAUACUUUCCCAGAACAAUAUAAUUAGAAUUUUGUUCCCUUCUUCAAAAUAAUUUUCAAAAUUCAAACACAGUUAAAAUUUUGUCUCUAUUAUAACUGAAACAUUUUGUUUUUUCUCCCUCCAUAGGUAAAAUAGCAUUUUUAUUGUAAAAAGGCAGAUUGAGUGUGGGGAGAGGGGAGCUGCCUGGGGAAGUACCUUUAUGUUUUCGUGAAAAACUAGAAAAAGACUUGAAGAAAAUCUACAAGCCUUUCACGUUCUAGUGAAACUGCAAAAACUUAUACUAUAUUCAUUGUAAUAUAUUUCUUUUCAAAAGGUUGUAAAUGUAUGAAAAUAAAUGAUAUUGGU